AAAAACUAGAAAAAUCGGUCGAAAAGCUCCCGCCAUUGGCGCGGUUACCGCAGGCGUCCGCCAGCCCGCCGCCGCAGCGCGCCAUCCGAGGGAGGGAGACGGGAGAGCGCCAGCAUGCACAAACACCACCACUGCUGCAAGUGCCCAGAAUGUUAUGAGGUGACCCGCAUGGCCGCCCUGCGCAGGAUGGACGCCCCGUCGUACGUUGGGGACUGGCAGGCCGAGCCCUACGGAUACCCGCCCGGGUACGGAGGAGGCCAAACCCUGCCCGCGCCGGCCUCCGGUGGAGGAGGCAACAUGGGAGGCGGCGGCGGCGGCGGCGGGGGAGAACGAGGAGGCGGAGGCGGAGGAGGUGGCACCUUAGGGAGAAGUAAGGGCAAGAUGAUGUCUGGCGGGGGUCCCGGAGGCCCCAACCCCAAGGGCCAAUCCAAAGGGGGGCCCAAAGUGAACGGCAACAACACCAGCGGACAAGGAGGAUGGUGGCCCGAGUGCACUUGCACCAACCGGGAGUGGUAUGAGCAGGCCAACCCUCCCCCCAUCAUUGUCAACGCAGACUCACUAGAUGCAGGCCCUUAUGUGAAUGGCAGCGAUGGCAUGUACAAAUACGAGGAGAUCAUCUUAGAGAGGGGGAACUCCGGCCUGGGCUUCAGCAUCGCAGGAGGGAUAGACAACCCCCACAUUCCUGAUGACCCGGGGAUCUUCAUCACCAAGAUCAUCCCCGGAGGAGCGGCUGCCAUGGAUGGAAGACUCGGGGUGAACGACUGCGUCCUGCGGGUGAACGACGUGGACGUGUCCGAGGUGGUUCACAGCAGGGCGGUGGAGGCCCUGAAGGAGGCGGGGCCAGUGGUGCGUCUGCUGGUGAGGCGGAGGCAGGCUCCCCCGGAGACCAUCUUGGAGGUCAACCUGCUCAAAGGGCCUAAAGGACUAGGAUUCAGCAUCGCUGGCGGUAUCGGCAACCAGCACAUCCCAGGAGACAACAGCAUCUACAUCACCAAGAUCAUAGACGGAGGAGCCGCCCAGAAAGAUGGACGGCUGCAGACCGGAGACCGCCUGCUCGCUGUGAACAACAUUGUGCUUCAGGACGUGCGUCACGAGGAGGCGGUGGCGGCGCUGAAGAACACCUCGGACAUGGUCUACCUCAAGGUGGCCAAGCCGGGGCCCGUGCAUCUCAACGACAUGUACGCCCCGCCCGACUAUUCCAGCAGCCUGGCCCUCCCCCCAGCCUUCCCCCCCAUGGUGGACAACCACGUCAGCCACAACUACAUGGGCGCCAUGGAGCCCAAGCCGGCCUACCCGCCCCCCCAGGUCACACCGUCCAGGUACUCGCCGGUGCCCCGCCACAUGCUGGGGGAGGAAGACUUCACCAGCCGGGCUGAGCCAAUUUACAGUGUCAUCCACAAGCCUGGGGAGGGCAAGGCGCCCCAGGCUCUCUUCAGAGGCUUCUGUCCUUCCCCUGCACCCUUGUGCCCAGCUCCACCACCCCCCCUCGCUGGCAGGGAACCGAGGAAGGUGUUGCUGCACAAGGGCUCCACAGGACUGGGUUUCAACAUCGUGGGCGGAGAGGACGGCGAGGGCAUCUUCGUCUCCUUCAUCCUGGCCGGAGGACCGGCCGACCUGAGCGGCGAGCUGCGGAGAGGCGACCGCAUUUUGUCGGUGAACGGUGUGAAUCUGAGGAACGCCACACACGAGCAGGCAGCUGCCGCCCUGAAGAGAGCUGGGCAGACGGUCACCAUUAUUGCUCAGUACAGGCCUGAAGAGUACAGUCGCUUUGAGUCCAAGAUCCACGACCUGAGGGAGCAGAUGAUGAACAGCAGCAUGAGCUCGGGGUCCGGCUCCCUGCGCACCAGUGAGAAACGCUCUCUCUAUGUCAGAGCGUUGUUUGACUACGACCGGACGAGGGACAGCUGCCUACCCAGCCAAGGGCUAAGCUUCUCUUAUGGCGACAUCCUCCAUGUCAUAAAUGCGUCCGACGACGAGUGGUGGCAGGCGAGGCUUGUGACGCCUCAUGGCGAGAGCGAGCAGAUUGGGGUCAUUCCAAGCAAGAAAAGGGUGGAGAAAAAAGAACGGGCCAGGUUAAAAACGGUCAAGUUCCACGCCCGGACAGGCAUGAUUGAGUCAAAUAGGCCAGUCAAAGUAAAGCGCAAAAAAAGCUUCAACCUGUCGCGAAAGUUCCCGUUUUACAAGAGCAAGGAGAAUAUUGUGCAGGAGUUGGUGGAGUCUGAACAAUGUCUGACGUCCAACACCAGUGACAGUGAAAGCAGUUCAAAGGGCCAGGAGGACACCAUCCUCUCCUACGAGCCAGUCAUUCGACAGGAAAUCCACUACACAAGACCCGUGAUCAUCCUGGGCCCCAUGAAGGACCGAGUGAACGACGACCUCAUCUCGGAGUUCCCCCACAAGUUUGGUUCCUGCGUACCCCGUGAGUUUGGCCACGCCCCCACACGGCGAGCGCAGCCGCUAAGACCUCUCCUUCCCGCAGACACCACGCGUCCCAGGCGAGAGAACGAGAUGGACGGUCAGGAUUAUCACUUUGUGGGUUCGCGCGAGCAGAUGGAGAAAGACAUCCAGGACAACAAGUUCAUCGAGGCGGGUCAGUUCAACGAGAACUUGUACGGGACCAGCAUCCUGUCCGUCAGGACGGUGGCUGAGCGGGGGAAGCACUGCAUCCUGGACGUGUCGGGCAACGCCAUCAAACGACUGCAGCAAGCACAACUUUACCCCAUCGCCAUCUUUAUUAAACCAAAAUCCAUCGAGGCCCUCAUGGAGAUGAACAAGAGGCAGACGUAUGAGCAGGCCAACAAAGUCUUCGACAAGGCGGUCAAGCUGGAGCAAGACUUUGGAGAGUUUUUCACAGCUAUUGUACAGGGUGACUCACUAGAGGAGAUCUACAACAAAAUCAAGCUCAUCAUCGAGGAGCAGUCUGGUCCUUACAUCUGGAUCCCCUCCCCUGAGAAGCUCUGAGCUGACCCACCAUCGGUGCACCAGUUCCCCACCUGCCUCCUGGAGAUCACGCCCCACCCAGCCCUCGCCAACACCCCCAAACCAGCCCCCGCCACAUCCUCGCCUCUUUUUACAGCUAUGUUUCAUCUAAAGUGUCAUCAUUAUGUUAUCUCAAUGGAAAAGAAGCCCCCUGCAUGACUUGACUCAGACCCAUCAUCCAAGAGGAGGAGAUAAUAAUAUUAAUAAUAAUAAUCAUGGGGGAAAAAAACCCAAAAGGGAAACUAAAGGAAAAGGAUCCUUUUUGUGACUGACCGAAGAUCAGAAUGUUUCCACACAAGCAGGAAGAGGGGGGAACAGAGACAAAUCACACCGAGUGGGAACACUUUGUAAAUGUUCAUCCAAUCACGUUUAAAGACAGACCAAGAUCGUUAUGGAGUUUUUUUUUUUUUUGCUUUUCUUUUUCCAAAAGUGACUGGAUGAAAUAAAAUGGAGCCCUGCUGACGGUACUGUUGUUUCUAACGGCUGAGGAAAUAGAAUUAUUUAUCUGCUGACAGGAACUAAUGAUUUAUAUUAUCAGAUCACAAGAUGAGGAAAAUCCUACUGAGAUUUUACUACCAUAUAUUAUAAAUAUAAAUAUAUAUAUAUAUUGAAAAAAGUAAAGUAGACUUUUACUAGACACGUCCAUUUGGAGGGCUGUUUGAUUUCACCUCAGUUUUGUCAUCUGUUGUUUGGCUUGUGCUGUGUGUGGAGAAGGGGUCCGGGGGUAGAGACGUGUAGGUGGGCUCUGCCAAACACCAAACUGCCUUACAUCAAAUACUCGCCACAACACAACCAAGACUUUUUUUUCCCAAAGCAGAAGAAUCCAUCCAAUUAGCAUUUGACUGGCUGCAGACCACCCCCUUACACGCUCUGCCUUCCUUCCAGGGGGGUUUUAUUUCUUCUGCCUGUGCGCCACAAGCAGACAUUGUAUUGGAUGUCAUGACCAUUAAAAGCAGGGGAAAAAAAGAGCUGAUCCAAGGACUUGUCCCUAACCCUCUUUACCAAAAACCACCCUAACGUAAAAGCUGAGGCCAGUGUAUUUAUAAAUGACUGAGUGGGCCCUGAAUGCAGCACGACAAGCUUUUAUUUGGUUUUGUUUUUGUCUUCCUUCGAGCCAACAGGAAGUGCCAACACGGACCUUUAGGUCUUACCCCCUUUCCCUCAGAGAGGACAGUUGUUUCUUUGUCCACACCCCCACUGCCCCUCCCCUGCUAAACCAGCUGUCAUCACCUGUCAACCCCCCCACCCCCCGAGUUCAGGGAAAAACCGAAGGGAACACAGCCAUUAAAAAAAACAACCUGUUUUCAGACUGUUUCAAAGGGUGUGGUAGCUGUACAAUGUAAAUAAGCCCCGCCCCCUUCUUUCUCCAGCAGAUAUACCACCGCUGCCCCCUCCCCAAGUCCCCCCCCCCUUACCAAUGCUUCAUGCAUGUGUGAUUCAAACUGGGACAAAAAUGUGUUUUCUAGACCACAAAUGUCAGGUAAGUGGAGUUGAAGACUUGAAAGAUGUGCUGUUUCUCCUCACACGCCCAGGGGAAUUAGUCGGUGCAGGGGAGGGGAAGGAGGAGGAGCCAACCGGAGCCCCACCCCCAAUGAUGGGGCUUGUCUACAUGUAAAGACUUGUGGAAAGUGUGUGGGUGUAUAGAUUGUGAUGGAAGCGUUGCUGACUGUUAAAAAGAAAUGUGCGGUACUCACACCUCAGUCAGCCAUGUCCCAGCCCAAAGACUCCACUCUGCUCCUAACGGCAUGGAACCUGUGUAUCAUGACGAUGUCAUCAUGUGUAUCAUGAUGACCAGCAUGUGUAUCAUGAUGACAUCAUCAUGUGUAUUACGAUGACAGAAGUGGUGACAUCAUUUGCAUUGUGGUGACAUUGUGUAUCAUGAUGACAGAAGUGGUGACAUCAUUAUGUGUAUCAUGAUGACAGAAGUGGUGACAUCAUUAUGCCCAUUGUUACAUCAUGUGUAUCAUGACAGAAGGGGUGACAUCAGUAUGUGUAUCAUGAUGACAGAAGUAAUGACAUCAUUGUGUAUCAUGAUGACAGAAGUGGUGACAUCAUGUGCAUCAUGGUGACAUCAUUAUGUGCAUCAUGGUGACAUCAUUAUGUGUAUCAUGACAGAAGUAGUGACGUGUGUAUCAUGACAGAAGUGGUGACAUGUUUGUAUCAUGAAGACAGAAGUGGUGACAUGUUUGUAUCAUGAAGACAGAAGUGGUGACAUCAUGUUUGUAUCAUGAAGACAGAAGUGGUGACAUCAUGUUUGUAUCAUGAUGACAGAAGUGGUGAUAUCAUGCGUAUCAUGACAGAAGUGGUGACAUCAUUAUGUGUAUCAUGAUGACAGAAGUGGUGACAUAUUUGCAUCAUGAUGACAGAAGUGGUGACAUGUGUAUCAUGACACAAGUGGUGACAUGUACACCAUGAUGAUAGAGAUGGUGACAUGUGUUUGCAUCAUAAUGACAGAAGUGGUGACAUCAUUUUGUUUGUAUCAUCAUGACAGAAGUACUGACAUAAUUAUGUGUAUCAUGACAAGUGGUGACAUGUGCAUCGUGGUGACAUGGUGUAUCAUGACACAACUGGUGACAUGUGUUUGUAUCAUGAUGACAAGUGGUUACAUCGUUAUGUUGUAUCAUGAUGAUAGAAGUGGUGACAUUGUUUGUAUCAUGAUGACAGAAGUGGUGACGUGUAUCAUGACAGAAGUGCUUACUUCAUUAUGUGUAUCAUGACAAGUGGUGACAUAGUGUUUGUAUCAUGAUGACAGAAGUGGUGACAUUGUGUAUCAUGAUGACAGAAGUUGUGACAUGUGUAUCAUGAUGACAGAAGUGGUGACAUUAUGUGUAUCAUGAUGACAGAAGUGGUGACAUUAUGUGUAUCAUGAUGACAGAAGUGGUGACAUGUGUAUCAUGAUGACAGAAGUGGUGACAUCAUGUGUAUCAUGAUGACAGAAGUGGUGACAUUAUGUGUAUCAUGAUGACAGAAGUGGUGACAUUAUGUGUAUCAUGAUGACAGAAGUGGUGACAUUAUGUGUAUCAUGAUGACAGAAGUGGUGACAUUAUGUGUAUCAUGAUGACAGAAGUGGUGACAUUAUGUGUAUCAUGAUGACAGAAGUGGUGACAUUAUGUGUAUCAUGAUGACAGAAGUGGUGACAUUAUGUGUAUCAUGAUGACAGAAGUGGUCAUGACAAGUGGUGACAUCAUGUGUUUGCAUCAUGAUGACAGAAGUGGUGACAUCAUUGUUUGCAUCAUAAUGACAGAGGUGGUGACAUCAUGUUUGUAUCAUGAUGACAGAAGUGGUGACAUGUGUUUGCAUCAUAACAGAAGUGAUGACAUCAUUGUGUUUGCAUCAUGAUAACAGAAGUGGGGACAUUGUUUGUAUCAUGAUGCCAGAGGUGGUGACAUCAUUAUGUGUCUGUAGCAUGAUGACAGAAGUGGUGACAUGUGUUUGCAUCAUGAUAACAGAAGUGGUGACAUCAUGUGUUUGUAUCAUGCUGACAGAAGUGGUGCCAUCAUGUGUUUGCAUCAUGAUAAGUGGUGACAUGUGUUUGCAUCAUAACAGAAGUGGUGACAUCAUUGUGUUUGCAUCAUGAUAACAGAAGUGGUGACAUCAUUGUGUUUGCAUCAUGAUAACAGAAGUGGUGACAUCAUUGUGUUUGUAUCUUGAUGACAGAAGUGGUGACCUCAUGAUGACAGAAGUAGUGACAUUAUAUGAGUUUUUUCUGUUGCUUUUACAGUAUUUAUAUUUUCCUGGUGGGGAGGGGAGGGAGAGGUGGAGGGCACACCUGUGCAGUAAGUGCUUGCAAACCCUUUUGAUUGUACAGUAGUUUCCUUCCUGUCGCCACAGGUGGUUCAGCCUAUCAGGAUGCUCGGCCUCCUUGGUCUCCCCUGUCCUAAUCAUGAGCGCAACGCGGUCCUGCAAAACUUUUCUUUUGUUCUCGGGCUUUUAUUUUGGGGGACUUGAAAAGAGUUUUAUUUGUUUGGAAAUAAAAUGUGACUCAGUUA